UUUCCCGGUGUGCCUCGCGGUGGCGCGGGGUGGAACGGGUGUUGUAGUCCGACCGCUCCGCUGGUCCAGCUGCAUCGACUGGCAGGAUGUCGGAGGUUCGGCUGCCACCGCUACGCGCCCUGGACGACUUCGUUCUGGGGUCGGCACGUCUGGCGGCCCCGGAUCCUUGCGACCCGCAGCGAUGGUGCCACCGCGUCAUCAACAACCUCCUCUACUACCAAACCAACUACCUUGUCUGCUUCGGCCUCGGUCUCGCUCUGGCUGGGUACGUGCGGCCUCUGCACACCCUCUUGAGCGCGCUCGUGGUGGCCGUGGCCCUCGGCAUGCUGGUGUGGGCGGCUGAGACUCGCGCAGCCGUGCGCCGCUGCCGUCGCAGCCACCCAGCCGCCUGCCUGAUCGCAGUGCUUGCCGUCAGCCUCCUGGUUCUCUGGGCCGCGGGCGGCGCUUGCACCUUCCUGCUCAGCAUCGCCGGGCCCGUGCUUCUGAUCCUGGUGCACGCGUCACUGCGUCUACGCAACCUCAAGAACAAGAUUGAGAACAAGAUUGAGAGCAUUGGUCUCAAGCGGACGCCAAUGGGGCUGCUACUGGAGGCGCUGGGACAAGAACAGGAGGCUGGAUCCUAGGGGCCUGGGAUCUGCACCCAAAAUGUGGAUAAUGCCACCGCACCCCGGCCUGUACCCAAGACCCAGAGCCCUUUCCCAGCCCAUAAGAUAGGAGUCCCUCUCCAGCUAAAAAACCAGGACAACUGCAACCCUUCCGCCUGCAUCCCAAACUGGGAUAUUCCCUCGUACCCAACCCCCCCCAUUUUAGGAAACCAGAGUCUUCCUAGCCUCGAACUUGGGACCCAGAGACACCCAUACCUAGCCCCAAACUGGGGCUUGGAGACCAGGGCAUCCGUGGCCAACCUCAAACCCUGGGCCCAGAGACACUGCCCUAACCCCAGUCUGAGACCUCACCUGUCUCCCAUGCCCAGCCCCAAAGCUGGGGACUGGGACCAAGGCCUUCUCAAAUCUUGAACCCAGGAUCCAACUGUUCCCAGCCUCCAUCUGGGUGGAGGAUUCAGGUAUCCUGACCCCAUGAACCCUUGAUCCCAGGUGACCCCAACAUUCACCAGUCCCACUUGCCUCCCUCCAGCUCUGCUUAGGGAUCCUGCCAUUCACCACUGCCCCCCCUCCAACUCCCCUUGGUGAGGACCAAGGGGUGGGGUGGGAGUAGCCCUGACCAGGAAUGGGGCAUCUAUAUCAGUGUUGCUGCAACAAUAAAGGCUGUUGCAUUGCUCAAGCCAA